GUUAACAACUUUAAUAAUCUCUACUUUAAUCAGGGUAAGCUACAGGAGGCUGAAAAGUUAUAUCAGCAAGUAUUAGCAGGCUAUAAGAAGGCCCUUAGUCCAGAUCACAUGUUUAUCCUUUAUACAGUUAAUAAUCUUAUAAUUCUCUACUCCAAUCAGGACAAGCUGCAGAAGGCUAAGAAGUUAUAUCAGCAAGUACUAGCAGGCUAUAAGAAGGCCCUUGAUCCAGAUCACAUUCCAGAUUACAUGUUCACCCUUCAGAUAGUUAAUAACCUUAGGAAUCUCUACUCUAAUCAGGGUAAGCUGCAGGAGGCCAAGGAGUUAUACCAGCAAGCACUGGCAGGCUAUAAGAAGGCCCUUAAUCUAGAUCACACGUCUAUCCUUUAG